AUGGCUGAAGAAUUAUUGCCCAAGCAAAGGGCCAACGGGCCAUCGUUAAACGACUGUACCUGUAAGAGAUGUCUCAAACUGAGCACUUCAAAAGAUAAGAAGAUCAGAAGAAAGAAGAAGAGUGAGGAGAAAAGAGAAAGACAUUAUGGAAGUAGACGGAAAUUAACUUUUAACUUUAUGAAACAUACUAAUAUGGAUGAUACCAACUACGAUGUGAUUACCUCGGUCGGAUACCUUAAUGAAAAAUAUGGAUUGAAGAAAUCACAUUACAUUGAAAAAUUUAUCAAAUGCAUCCAUAAAAAGAUAAAUAUCGAUGUUAGCAAAAUCACGGACGCUUACAUAGACACGCUGAACCCAUGGGUUAAAGUAAAACUUUUUCUUUUGUUGGUGACCUUGUCUGAAAAAGGUGGUCCAGAAUACUGGCUGGACAAAACAGACGGUGAUAAGAAUUCAGGAUCAUCUUUAUCAGAGGAUGGGUUGGGAAGUUCUGUCGAAAGCGAAGAUGUCCCGAAGUUCUCAACUCUGAAAGAUGAAAUGGUCAAGACCCAUAAGAAUCUUUUCCCCACGUUGACAGAACAAAUCAUACAGCAUAACAUCAAUCAAGAUUUUACUGAAUCAAAUUAUGAUGAGGAUUACGUCUUUUCGUCUAUUUGGGCGAAUUUCAUGGAAGGGUUGAUCAACCAUUAUUUAGAAAAGGUUAUUGUACCUUAUUCUGAGAUGAAAGUUUGCCAGCAAUUAUACAAACCAAUGAUGAAAAUAAUCUCUCUUUACAACGAGUAUAACGAGCUUAUGGUCAAAAGCGAAAAGAAUGGAUUUUUGCCAUCUCUACAAGAAUCUGAAAAUGUCAAAAGUGAGAAAAGUGAAAAAGACAAUAAGGAUGAUGCUGUUAGUCAAGAAAGACUUGAAAGAGCUCAAAAACUGCUAUGGCAAGCUCGAGAAGAUAUUCCAAAAACUAUCAGUAGAGAAUUAACCUUAUUGUCAGAAAUGUAUUCCACAUUAUCGGCUGAUGAGCAAGAUUAUGAAUUAGAUGAGUUCGUUUGCUGUGCAGAAGAGUACAUUGAAUUAGAGUAUCUGCCUGCACUCGUUGAUGUCCUUUUUGCCAAUUGUGGCACGAAUAACUUCUGGAAAAUCAUGUUAGUCUUGGAACCCUUUUUCUACUACAUCGAAGACGUAGGCGGAGAUGAUGACGAAGAAGAAGAUAAUGUGGAUAACAGCGAGGAUGAUGAGGAUCGUUUAUUAACCAAAAAUUUGGAGGGAGCUGGUAAUGCGGCUGACCAUCAUUUUAAACCUGAUCCAAGAGUGAUUACGUUGGAGAAAAUAUGCGAGGUUGCUGCGAGACAAAAGUGGAUAUAA